AUGGAUCCCUCCCAGGUCAAGAUCCCCCCGAUGAAAGACCAAACCAUCGAAAACAUCACCGACAAUGUAAUCACAAUCAACAGUCUCUGCGAGGAUGAACGCAUGAAGUACAUCCUCGAGCGACUAGUAACCCAUCUACACGACUUCGCUCGCGAAACACGCCUCAGCAGCGACGAAUGGAUGACCGGCCUCCGCUUCCUCACAGAAGUGGGCCAGAUCUGCACAGACGUGCGACAGGAAUUCAUCCUGCUGUCCGACGUGCUAGGUCUGUCCAUCCUUGUCGACUCAAUAGAUCACCCGAAGCCCAAGGGCUCCACGGAGGGAACCGUGCUGGGUCCAUUCCACACGCAUGACGCGGAGGAAAUGCCUGCCGGCGAUUCCAUGUCGCAUGAUCCGAAUGGCGAGCCUUUGCUGGUUGUCUGUACGCUGCGUGAUAUGAAUGGGAUGCCUGUGCCCGAUGUCAAGAUUGAUAUCUGGGAGACGGAUUCCACAGGUCAUUAUGAUGUCCAGUAUGCUGGCAGAGAGGGUCCUGAUGGGAGGUGUAUUAUGCGCUCCGACAAGGAAGGCAUCUUUUGGUUUAAUGCUAUUACGCCUGUGCCUUAUCCCAUUCCUCACGAUGGGCCCGUUGGCAAGUUGUUGAAGAAGUUGCAUCGCCAUCCCUAUCGGCCCUCGCAUAUGCACUUUAUGUUCGAGAAGGAGGGUUAUGAUCACUUGAUCACCGCUCUCUAUCUCCGCGACGACCCUUAUGAAACCUCUGACGCAGUCUUCGGCGUCAAGGAUUCCUUGAUCGUCGACAUCGGCAAGGCCGACGCCGAGGUCGCUAAGAAAUAUAACGUCCCAGAGGGUCACCCUCUCCUCACAUAUGACUUUGUACUUGUGUCUGACAAAGAGACGAGCGACUUGCGUGCGCACAACUCCAAGGUCGCGCUCGACAAUCUAGGCCGGAAAGUCAAGAUUGUCAAUGGGCUGCCUGUGCCGGACCUGGAUUAA